UACCAGUAUUUUCAAAAUUGUUUCAAUUUAUUUUUUCCUAUCCAAUUAACUUUAUUUAUAGUCUGCUUUAGUUUUUCACAGUGUUCUCCCAGUAUACCGUAUUUUAAACCUUCUGCGAGCGAGAGAGUAGGAGUAGGGAGAGAGCGAGCUUUUGUCAACAGUGGGCCACAUAACAGUGGGGCAUGGGGAGUUCGAUAAACCGUGUGAUUGGAGCCCGAUUCGCCCCACUGUGUCACCAUGGGCUUGCAGUUUUCGCACGCGAGCUUUGAUUACUUUCUUGCGAACGGGGCUUUUGCGCAAGUACACAAACAAAGCCAGCUGUUCAGUUCGGGGGGCCAAACAGUGGGGCGUGUGUGCGUUUGUGGGACCAUUAAAUCUCUCGGCGCUGCAAGUUCCCAAAGAUUGCUCCUCGACGAAGGUCAGUUCACGCGGAAGCUCGAACUUCGUCGGAUGGCGAGUACGGAUUAUUCUCGGACUGGCUAGGCGCAGCAGGAGGGGUUAGAAAAGGAGGAACAAGGAGCGAGGAGCAGAGGUCGUCACCCGGAUACAGACAAAACUUUUCCGAGUGCCCCAGUCGCCAGUCCCGUGUAGUCUGUAGUAGCACCCAUACCCAGCAUCCAUCCAAUCCCGAAAAACGUGCAAAAAUAUUUGUUGUGAAAAUAUCAACUCCACCGUAACACGCACAGAUGCUUUCGAGCCACCGCGAUUUGGGAUGUGGCUCCGUGGAUUUGGCUGCGGUUUUCAAAUCGGCACAAGCAAACUAUCGGCCAUGGCAUGUAUGUAACCCAUAAAGUUGCAUAAUUACAGCACAUGAAUAUGGCUGGCGAACCGAAUUUGGGCGUUGCAGUUGCACAUUGCCAUUGCUGAUGCACUGCCGCAUUUUCGCUGGCCACUUUGUUUGCGGCUGCCGCCAUGGAAACGUGUCGCACCUGUGCGAUUUCCAUGUUUGUGUGCGACUUCGAGAAUGGCAGCAACAACGGCCACUUCCUGGACCUCCAUCAUCCCGAGAUGGUCCAAAUCCGCCAGCAGUUCGUCAACUGGAAUCUGAAGAUCUCUCCCAAUGAUGGGCUGCCCCAAAAGAUCUGCAGCGACUGCUUCACCAAAUUCUGCUCGAUAAACGCAUUCCGAGUGGCCUGCCAGGAGGCUCAGUUGAAGUUGUCCAAUAUCUACGACAAGAUCGAUGCCAGCAGCCUGGAGGAGGAGCACCAAGGGGACUUGAACCAGGCGGAUGAGCAUCGGGGAACAGAAACAACCAAGCCAACAACGACGGUUUCAGCCGAAACACAACCAAACACUGCCAGUGAAACCAUAGAGAUUUUUGUGGAUGCCGUAGACAUCGACGAGGAGGCCGAGGAGCAUCCACAUCCAUCCGGGGAGUCUGCUCCUCCGGAACUGACCAUUAGAUACACCUGCAAGUUCUGCCUGUUGCCGCAGGAGAGCUAUCAGCUGCAGCAGCUUCUGCUGGAGCACAUCAACACCAGCCACGAUCCGGAGCAGCCGUACAAUUGUCCGGAGUGCGAGGCCCGCUUCCAGGAUGCCGCUUCGAGGACCGUGCACCUGAAGAGCAGCCACGUGGAGAAGCAACAUGCCUGCGGGGUGUGCGACAAGAAGUACGGCGAUCGGCACAAUCUACGCCACCACGUGGAGAAGUACCACUCGGAGACGGACUUCGAGUGCGCGCUGUGCGAGAAGCGAUUCUACACCCGCAAGAGCCUCAACUACCACAUGAAGUGGCACAAUCCGGACCGCCAAUUCAAGUGUCGCCACGGCGGCUGCGAGCGGCUCUUCAUCAGCCAGCGACACCUCAUGUGCCACGAGGCCACCCACUCGGGCACCAGCGCCAGGAAGAGCGAGCACUGCGGCUUUUGCGGAAAGACUUUUAUACACCUGAAGACCCUUCGCUGGCACAUUUAUAGACAGCACGGCGGAGAGAAGCCCUACAAGUGUGCCAACUGCACGGAGGUUUUCGCAUCCUACGCGGAGAAGCGAAUCCACAUGCUGGAGCGGCACAGGGAGAAUCUAACUGCCAUCGAGCGGAGCGAGUGCAUGUUGUGCCGCCAGCCCUUUACCAGCGAACAGGAUCUGAUCCAGCACAUGUCCGUGGAGCAUCUGCAACGUCCCGGUGCUCCGGUGAUAGCCAACAACAAGCGGGUGCUGCAGCAGAAGCGGGAACGACAGUACUCCGGACUCUUUCAGUGUGGCAGCUGCACGCAGCGAUUCAACAUGAAGUCGGCGCUGGAGCGGCACGCUGCCGUGCAUUCGGAAAAAGAUCGACCCCAUGCCUGUCCACACUGCUCCAAGAGGUUUAAGCGCGCCCAGGACAUGAAGUGGCACAUCAAGACCCAUGAAAAGGAGAAGCCCAAUGUGUGCGAUGUCUGUGGAAAGGCCUUUGCACUCAAGUAUGUGCUUACUCAGCACCGGUUGAGUCAUGAGGUCUUGGAAAAAAACUUCAAGUGCAACGUUUGCGGUCGAGCCUAUCUGUUUGAGAAGUCAUUGCGGCUGCAUCAGCGGGUUCAUACUGGCAAAACCUACUAUAAAUGCGAUCUCUGUCAAGAGAGAUUCGUCACGCACAUUAAGCUCAAAACUCACAUGCAAAAGACACACGCCGCCUCUCAGCCGCACUCUGCGGACCACCCUCUGGAUGAUCUGAUCAACAUUGUGAUUUCCUAACCAAGUGGAACAGCAAAGAUUUCUGUUAUAGCCAAGCACAAGCACGGAAACCGUAUUGGGAGCGUAAGCGUAGCUCACUGAUCUCAAGCCUACAUAGACCAUACCCUCCAUCCAAUUACUAGACCAUAUGCACACAGCGAAAGUGCUUAGAGCUUUACUUAGAAUACUCCGUAGGCGAAUUUUACUCUAUAUCCCAUAUAUCUCUGGCCAUUUCUUAUCGAACCCCAUAUCUCUUUCUAUCUCUGAUUCAUAUAAAUCUCACAGAACGCCUCUAACAAUCUAACACUCCAAGCAAACAUAUAUCCACUUGACCAUUUAGCGAUAAGCAAUAAGCAAUGAGAACAAAAAAGGUGUUAUACGAGCAAUUUAAGCUUCACGGCAAACUUGUAAUGCUCAAGAAAUGCAUUUAUUUCCAGAUGAAACCGAGAAGUAUUUACAAUAAUUACCGAAAACGUAUAAGAAUAUUUAAAAUAUCAAUAUACUAUGGAUUUUAAUAAAUUUAGUAGCAGAUAUAUUUACCAAAUUCAUGUUCCAAAUAAACAUUCAUUUGACCAAA